UGUGCAUUGAGUUUGGAGCGUAUUACAAGCUUCUCAAAGUUUUUCUCAUACCUGUUUGCUGUUCAAAAACACUCUUCGGAGUUUUACUUAGUUUAUCCGAUUUUCGGUGCAUAUUUUGUGAAGUUUUUAAUUCACAGAAAACGAAAUUUUUUUUUGUUCCCUGAAUUUUGUUGAUACUUAAAAUAUGUUGGUUAAAUUGAUUGGAUUUUGUGCGUUACUUGCUGCUUGCAGUGCAGUUAAGGUGCCGCUCACAGUCUAUUAUGAAGCGUUGUGUCCAGACAGCGUAAGAUUUAUUACCGAUCAAUUAUAUCCGACAAAGCAGAGCCCGCUGGGUCGUUACAUUGAUGUGACGUUGAUUCCAUUUGGAAAGGCAUCCUUCAAAACAGAAGGAUCGGAUGUACUGUUCACAUGUCAACAUGGACCAAAUGAAUGUUAUGGUAAUAAAGUGCAAGCAUGUGCCAUCCAACACAUUCAAGUGAAUUCGUAUCAAAAUUCGAAAACAAAGGAAUCGCUCACAUUGGACUAUGUAAAAUGUUUGAUGCAAACGUGGAUCACAUUCAAAGAUAAUGUCUAUCCGGGCGCUCGGUGUGCAAAAGAACUUCAACUGGCCAACUGGAAUGUGAUUGAAGAGUGCGCAAACAGUACGGAGGGCAGUAAAUUAUUACAAGACUAUGGAGUACGCACACAACAAUUGAAUCCACCACUUGACUCGGUUCCAACCAUUGUCUUCAAUCAUCAAACUGAUAAGGAUUUGCAUGAAUUGGGAUUACGUGAUCUACAAUCAGCUGCCUGCCGUGCAAUGAGAGAACCAAAACCACAUGAAUGCAGUCUAUUGCCGGGUGGUGCUGCAACCAAUGUCGCCACUUUCUCACUUAUUUCUAUUUGUGCAGCGAUUGUUGCUUUCUUCAAAAUAUUCUGAACUAAGAUAUGAAACAUUGACUUAAAUUUUUUUAAACAGUUUUUAUUCGCACAAAUUUAUGCUCCUAAAAAUACAGUCCAUUUGAUGGAAUAAAAAUGUUUAUGUAAAUUGAUUUACGAAUCUAGCUGUAUGUGCAAUUUUUUUUGUAUGGAAUGAAUAGGAAAUUUUAUCAUAAAGUGA